AUGUCUGAGAGCGGCUGUUCGUCAGAUCGCCCCGAAACACUUUUAUGCCAUUUGACAGCCAUUGAAUCCCUUUCUCACGGCUCAAGAGUCAAAUGGAAGGUCAAGGUCCGAGAAUCUGAAAAGGAGUCACGAGUUAUUGUGCUCGAAGAUCCUGAUACGGAGCAGAGCUACAGUGACCACGACGCUGUCCUUUUCUCCUCAGAGACCCCGAACCCCUCCGUCACCACCGACCAAGCUACCCAACAGGGAACAACGCAAGACUAUUGCCGCUCAAUAUUGGAGCAACUAAAUCUCGGCAAUACCAUCAAACAACGAUCAAAGACUGGAAUACUUCAAAUCUUUAUUGAUGAAUCGAUUGACCUCUCAGGACAGCCUAGCAUACAUGCACUUCGAUGGGAACUGCUGGAGCGUAGCUCAUUCUUCGAAGCUUGCGGCUGCUCUGUCCAAGUCACCAGAAUAUACAAUAGUGCCAGGUAUAACUGUGGUCCUCCUCUCAGUCUCUCCUUCCAAACACCCAUCCGCAUCCUCCUCGUCAUCGCCAGAAGCUGGCAGCUUGCCCCUCCAUCAAGUCGCUCUCAUGAACACUUCGCGGAUAUCUCCCCAGAUGUUGUGCAGGAUACGCUGCGUGAUAUAAUGAAGAUUUGUCGUCAAAGAGGGCAACCCUUCACUGUCCAUGUCGCCCCCGGUGGAUUCAAGGGGCUUAUGGAGCACCUCGAAUUGCAAAAGAGCGCAGGCAUCGUCUACGAUAUGGUCCAUUUCGACCUGCACGGACGAAUAAAUCCACUUGCGUUAUAG